CUCGGUAUGUUAACACGUGUCGCAGUUUUAAAAUGUAAACAAUUCAUGUGAAAAUGUCGAAAAUGACACUAUAUGUGUGUGUUUGUGUUGUUUUGUUUAUGAAUAGUGUGGUUUCGUAUUCGUUUGUGAAUGAAUUGGAGACAGACCAACAACAACACAGACAUUGUACACAUGAACACCCCAAAGAAGACCAAGUAAUACGGGGUGUUCAUAUAGAACCAGCUCAUUUAGUAAAGAAACGAAGUAUAGACCAACCAUUAAGGAUAAGUAUAGUUUAUGACCACUCUGUAUAUAGAUUAGAACAAGAGAAAUUUGAAAUGAUUAAUAAUACAAUACUACCAGAUGCUGUGAAGUUCUGGGAACAAGCUUUAAAAGUGAGGAAAACCGGGGGACCAAUUAGACUUAAUAGAAAAUGCCCAACGCGUCAAGUGUUCAUCAGAAACGGUCAAUCACAUUGUAUCGACACGUGCAGUGCUGAAACUAUGUGUGGAGAGGUACGCGUGCCCGAAGAACAUUUAAAUCCCUGCCACGUUUGCAAUAGUACGGGACAUCUUUGCCGGGAAUUACCGCGGUAUCGUGACGAGGUGACGACCACUGAAUUUAGUGAUAACACACUGGACAGUGUUGAGACGGAGACGGCAGCUCCACAAGAAGAGUCAAUAGGUAUUGAAGACACAGAUUUCGUGUUAUAUGUAAGUGCAGUCGAAACUGAGAGGUGUAGGCGUGGCCUAACCGUCGCCUACGCAUCGCAUUGUCAGCAGGAGUCAGCACUGGACAGACCAGUAGCUGGUCACGCGAAUUUCUGCCCCGGCGAGCUGUCAACCCGCUACAGGGACUUACCACACGUGCUGUCAACUGUCAAACACGAAAUGCUACAUGCGCUGGGAUUUAGCGUGUCCCUCUUUGGGUUUUAUAGAGAUGAAAAUGGCGAUCCGCUGACACCAAGGCGUGCAGACACAGGAAAUCCACCAUUAGAUGAGCAGCUACAAAUCCAUAAAUGGUCUGACCGUGUAGUUAAGAACAUAACCAGGCCAAGAUGGAUGAUCAGAGGUGGCUAUAUGGAGAGGACCCUUCAUAUGAUUGUUACUCCUAGAGUUGUUAAAGAGGUCCGUGAUCACUUCAACUGCUCAAUACUAGAGGGCGCUGAAUUAGAAGAUCAAGGUGGAGAUGGAACGGCGCUCACACAUUGGGAGAAAAGAGUUUUUGAAAACGAAGCCAUGACCGGUACGCACACGCAAAACAGCGUUUUCAGUAGAAUUACAUUCGCCAUGAUGGAAGAUACAGGCUGGUACAGGGCCGACUAUUCCCUCUCUUCUCCCCUUCAUUGGGGAAAGAACUUGGGUUGUGGCUUCGCAACGACUUCCUGCAAACAGUGGCUCAAUACGCAAAGGUUAAGGCGGAAAAACCCGGCGCCAUUUUGUGAGCGAAUCAAAGGCGAACCGUUGCGGACGGAAUGCUCGCCGCGUCGUAAUGCUGUGGUACUCUGCAAUUUAGUCAGACACGACAAUAUACUUCCCAGACAGUACCAGCACUUCGAUACUUUACCAAAUGUGCCAUCGGGUGACGAAUCCCACUACGGAGGUUCAGUAUCAUUGGCAGACUACUGCCCAUAUCUCCAGGAGUUCACAUGGAAACACAAGAGUGUACUACUACGAGGCAGCCGAUGUUCCUAUGAGGAGAAUACACCUAAGACUGAUGUAAAUUUCGCGUUAGAAAACUACGGGACACACUCCAAGUGUUUCGACCAUAGCGAUCGUGUGUGGGAGCAGAAAUCUUGUAGACAGAUUAGAGAAUGGCAACACUGGGGCUCUGGUUGCUAUAAAUAUAAGUGUGAUAGUGGUCGACUACAUAUUAUAGUUGGCAACUACACGUAUACCUGCUACUUUGCGGGUCAAGUGUUGCAAGUGCGAAUAAUUCAAAAAGGCUGGCUUCACAAAGGCGGCGUCGUUUGUCCGCCUUGCAGAGAAAUGUGUGGAGAUGAGUUUGCUUCACGUAAUGAAUAUUGCAAAGGGGGCGAAGAGGCGCCACCACCAAAUCUGUACCCCAAUGACGUUCUCGCUUGCAACGCGCCCAAAGUAUACAGCGAUAUCAUCAUUUUACUAUCGACAAUUUGGAGUAUAUUCUACUAGUGCUACGCGUACAUCUGACAUGUUUGAGAGUCGUUAAUUCGUGGCCUGAUUCACGUUAGCUGUUAAAACGUGUUCACGUGUAUUUUAUACGAAUUUUUAAUGCAAUUUUUCAGCAACGGUAUUAAUUAUAAAACAAAUCAUCACGAUAAAGGGUUGGAUGGUAAGAAUUGUUCGAAAAUCAUUUAUUUUUAUUUUACCUAUUAGAUCCUAGCUGUAAAGAUGAACUAUCCAAAUUACUUACUAGAACAGGCAGGAGGCUCACCUGUUAAGUGAUACCACCCUAUCAUUGCCAGAGAGCUCGUGUGCCGGUCUUUUAAGAAUGGGUACGCUCUUUUCUUGAAGGCCCCUAAAGUCGAAUUGGUUUGGAAAUACUUCAGUGGGUAGCUGGUUCCACAUAGUGGUGGCGGCAGAAACUUACGUAACGUAAUUAUUGCAUGCAUUUAUUUUACUAGAGGAAUUGCGGAUUCCAUAUUGGAUUUGCCAUUAUUAAUCUUAACUUUUUUUUUCGAGUUGACGUACAAAUCCGAGCAAUGCACUCGGAUCUGUGCUUCGAGAGCAAUGUCUAUGGUGAGAGAAUGUUGAUGUAUUUGCUACCGCGGCUAAUAAAUCGACUGCAAGGUCACUUUAGAUAGUAAUGUAAGAACAGGUUUUAGAUUUUUUAUAUACAUUUGUCGCCUGACAAGACUGGCAAUUGUAACUUUAAUACAUAUGUAAUAUAAUAUCAUAUAGAUAAAAAAAAAUACAGAAGAUAAUUACAAAUAUUAGACUAAUACACAAGGUGAGUCCUCUAAUUCCUCUUCUAUAUAUUAAAAAAAAUAUAUAUUAUUUUUAUUAUUUAUUUAAAUAUAAUAUUUUUUAGAUUUUUUUUAGCCAUCCAACUUUUUAUUAUUAAUUUUCAACUGAAAUUCCGUUCUACAAAUAUUGUUUAAAUUAUUUACAUGUUUGUUUGUUAUCUGUGGUGCUUUAAAUUAUUUUAUUGUCGGAAUAAAUUGGUUGUGAUAAGCCCGUACAGUUUUACUUAAGCGGAUAUUUUACUUGUAAACGCCAUUUAAGUCGACUUGAAGCCAUAGCAGGCAGUUUUGUUACCUUGAAUAUGAUUAACUUAACUAAAUUAAAUAAAAAAACUUUGAUGUUUUUAAACACACUCUUAUAAGUCCCCAGUUGAUACAUUCAUCACUUCCACCGACCUUUUUUUGUAUCUGGCAAUGAGAAAUAAGUUAUUUAUAAUAAUUACUUAGUUUUAAGUAUAUUUAUGUAUUAGUUUAAGUGAAAAUGACUUCUGUGUACUUACAAUUACCAACUGACACUUCAUAUGUCAUAUUUUUCUAUGACGUUUUAUAUUUUUGACUUUGACACAUGAAAUAAUGCGUAACGGCGUCUUUGAUUUACGCGGGAUCAUCAAAUCGUAACCGAAGGAAAAGUAUUAUUUUCAUAAUUCGACAUUUCAAGUGACUUAAACCCCUCUAAAGCAUUAUAAAUGUCGAGGUAUGUAAAUAAUGUGUUAAUGCGGUUUUAUUUAACCGUUUUAGUGCUAAGAAUAUUUUUGCAAGAAUGCACGAUAUUACGGUUUUUUAUCAUUAAUGGAAAAUAUUAAUGUUGUCAAGUAAAAACACUUUUCUUAGACUUCAACCAAUCAAUUUUAAUACAUUAUUUUUGUAUUAAUAAGAAAAAUGUUAAUUGUGAUUGUGAAUUAGAAAAUAUAAACAUAUUUUUACAGCGUAUUUGUAGCACUAAAACGGUUAAAGUCGAUUCUGUUUAACCUCAACAGAACUGUGUAUACUAAAUGGUUCAAAGUAUAUGCCUCUAAAUCAGUGUUUCCCAACCUAUUUUGUGUCAAGCCCCACCUUAGUCUUAAGAAAAUUAAAUUAUAGGUUUUAGGAAGAAAUUAUUUGGAAAUAAUUAACGAAACACAGUAAUAGUGAAAAACUGAAAUUACAAAUAAUUAUUUAAAAAUAAUGAAUUAAACCUUAACAAUAAAAUUGCCUCCCUGUGGGGCAUGGGCCCUGUUGGGAAACACUUCUCUAAAUGACAUUAGUUAAAAUAAUGCCUUAUAAAAUAUGUGGGUAGCCGUAACUCUUAUAUUAUAGUUUGUCUAUUUCGGUUGUAGUUAGUGAAAAUUCGCUUUGUACAAACUGGUAAAAAUAUUCAUAGAAUCUUUUUAUAAAUUACAAAACAGUGAGAUUAUAAUAUUAUAAUUGACAAUAUAAUAUUAUCAUAUAUUAUUAAUUAUAAUAUUAUUAUAAUAAUUGUUUUGGAACGAAAUUUUGUUAUGAGGCAUUGAUUUGAGUGUGGAUUGUAAAUAGGUCUUUUUAAAUGACUGUAAAUU